AUGUUUCCAACACGAGCUCUCUUCAAGCGCUCAGUCUGGAAGGCUACACCCCCGCCCGAUCACUACUUUGCUCCACCGGCUGCUAAUUGCGAUUGGGAGGUUGAUAGAUUACCGGUCCCUAUGACGGCGCCAAAACCGAACGAGCGUAUGCCGGCGAUCCAGACCCAAGCGAGAAGUUGUACGAUUGUGCCGCAUUUUGUAGGUCAUAGGUUUCAAGUGCACAAUGGGAAGACGUACAAUGAGUUCACGAUCACCGAGGAUAUGGUGGGACAUAAGCUGGGAGAGUUUUCGCAGACGCGGAAACCAUUCCAGUAUAAGAUGUCGAAGAACAAAUAG